ACCAGAUAAACGCCGUUCGGGCUAGCACGUUUAUAUCAGCGCUAAAUCUAAAACUGAGAAGAGGACACAACUAACGCCUGGAUGUACUUUAAGAAACUGCACUGCAGUUAAUAUAUCGACCAGUUUCUUCAUCCGAGGGACAUUUAACUUCAGUUCCAGCUAUUCAUCUUCAGCACUAGACUUUGAGAGGGAGUUCGGGUUUGGCUCCGGCCACGAAUCUCUCAGGAUGUCCAGACGCAGUCUCCGUCUGCACACCGACACAAGUCACUAUGGAGAUAACAAUCUGUUUGACUUGUCACUUAACCCCAGUGCCAUCUACAGCCGCAAAGAUGACAAGCUUAGGAGCAGAAGGGCUUAUCAAUCUUUUUCUGGGUCGACUGCGCAAACGCCAAGGCCUUCAACAUCAUUCCUGCAGGCCCAUAACAGCACCCUGAACAGCGGUGUACCUAGUGAUGCCUCUCUGCUGUCCUCCCUGCUGGAUGAAUCGUACGUACAGGAACGUACCCUCGUCGACAGCUUCUGCGGUUGGGAUGAGGAUGGUGAUAUCAAAGACCGGGGACACCACAGUGCAGUGGAGGCAAAGCUACAGACCUCCAACGCACAAAAUGAGCACAACUGUAAAGACUGCAGCUUCAGCAGUGACAGAAGAGAGAACCACGGCUCUCCCUUGACCUCAUCAGUCCGGCACACCGAUGCUGGGCAUCAAGCGUCUUUCGCACUUUUGCCCAGCGCUGCUUCAUUUCCUACUGCCUCAAACACUACAGUGUACUGCAGGGACAAUCGAAGACAAAAGACAGGCCUACUGCUCUCAAUGUGGGGAUGCUGUGUGCGGCUAUGUAAGAGAUUUUCUGGCUUCACAGUCGCUGUGCUGAGAAAGACCCUGCGGUGGAGAAAAAACCCCAGUGUCACUGUUAAUGAAGGCAAUGAGAAAUACUACAGCACUAUGAGUGUUAAAGAGGUGGUGGUGCAGGAGCGACCCAAACACAGCGGCGUUUUGUGUGACGACUGCAAAAGAAAGAACACUCAACAUUACCACGAUAAAGAGCCUGUAGGGGACUUAUGGUCCCUCAUAGUUUUAACAGGGAAGGCGGCCUCAGCAAGUGUCUUGCGGCUUGUCAAUCUCUUUGCCCAAUUUCUCCCUAUGCUGUCAAAACUCUUAUUUCUUGUCCCCUUUCUUCUGUUUCUCGCUAUGUGGUACUGGGGCCCGUCGGGACUGGUGGCCCUGUUGCCUUCUGCCAAUCAUCACAAAGCACCAAAAUCACAGACCUUCACGGGUGACGCCAAAGAGGGACAAUCUCCUGUCGAAACAAACAGUCAGCGGGCCUCAGUUCUGAUGUCUUCAAUCGAGGCGGAGAGAUUUGCGCGUUUGGAGGAGAAUUUGGCUCAGCUAUGGGAUCGAGUGGCGGGAGGCUUGUUGAGACAGGAGGAACAGCACACUGAAGUCCUCAGUCUCUAUAACACGCUGCGAGUGGAGUUUCACAGACACACAGACAGAGAGAGCAUGGCCAAGUGGAUCGGAGACAUGCUGGAGGAAAGAUUCAGUUACCUGAAGGGAGAAGUGGAGAAACAGUCCAAGCACACGCAACAAAAUCGAGAGAAACACAAGGACGAUGGUCAGUCAGAGAACACUCGACUGGCUGAAGCUGAAGCUCUCCUACAAACACUAGCUCGCAGAACUGAGGAGCUACAGAGAAAACAGGAGCAAGAGGUACAGAGACGACUGGAGCAGGAACGGGCACAGAGAAAUAAAGUUCCUGAGGCGGAGACGGGCAAAACAGAUCCUGACGACAGUGACGAGUCUGACGGCAGCUCUAGUGAAGUUGUGCUGUCAGAGGUGAAGAGGCUGGAUGAUGAGUUGGACCGCAUCAGAGACGAUGUACAGGGCCUGAUGGGAUGCAAAGACAGAUGUGAACAACUGGACGUUCUUAAGAACUCUGUUUCAGAGCAUGUGGAGAAGGAAGUAAGGUCUCUGUUUUACGGCAGUGACACAGCAGAUGAGCUGGAGCUUCCUGAGUCUCUCAUGCAAUGGCUUUCUGAUCAAUUUGUGAGCACCACUGAAUUACAGGUGUCACUCCGAGCUCUGGAGAGCAGCAUUCUGGGUAACCUGUCCCUACAGAUAGAGGAGAACCAGUCACCAUCUAAAGAGACGAUCACCAAAACUGUACUGCAAGCUACCGGAGAGGCCGGACUCACCGAGGAUGAUGUGCAAUUGAUUGUGAACAAUGCUUUGAAGAUCUACUCUCAAGAUCGCACCGGUCUGGUGGACUAUGCAUUGGAGUCUGGAGGGGGCAGCAUAUUAGGCACACGUUGCACUGUGUUGUUCGAUACCAAAACUGCAUUGAUGAGUCUGUUUGGCAUCCCGCUGUGGUAUUUCUCUCAGUCUCCACGUGUUGUCAUUCAGCCAGAUGUGCAUCCUGGGAACUGUUGGGCGUUUAAAGGUUCAACUGGAUUUCUGGUGAUUGGUUUGGCCUUGAAGAUUGUACCAACAGCCUUUUCUCUGGAGCACAUUCCUAAAUCCCUCUCACCCACCGGCAACAUCAGCAGUGCCCCUCGAGAAUUCAGUGUAUAUGGUUUGGAGGAGGAGUAUGAGGAAGACGGGCAGUUGCUCGGACAGUUUACUUAUGAUGAUGAAGGAGAUGCUCUUCAGACCUUUUCAGUUACUGAGGAGGUCAAGAGUAGUUUUCAGAUAAUCGAGAUGCGAGUGCUGUCUAACUGGGGUCAUCCGGAGUACACCUGUAUGUACCGUUUCAGAGUGCAUGGUGAACUCCCUGAAGAAAGUGAUCCUGAUGCUGACACAGACACCGACGUCGCAGAUGCCGAUGCCGACAUCGACACUGAAUGAGAGAAACCAAUAAUGUGCCAUAAAUCUAUAGAGCAGCUGACACCUGAAGACAUAAUGAUAUGUGAUUAUUUACUGGUAUGUGAAUGGUUAAUCCUUAGCACUUGCUCAUCUGUCUUGAUCGUGUAACAUCAGGGUUGUGCUUUUCUUUUCAGUUUUUUUAUAUUUAAAACCCAAUAUGGCAGAAUUGUUCACCAGCAAACAAAAUGCAUCGAUUAAAUUCUCUGAAUGACAUGAACCAGAGGAAUGUAUUUUAGACAAAUUGUAAGUCUUGUCAAUAGGUUCUCCAGUUUUGUGAUUAUUUAUUUGUUUGUGUGUGGGUCUAUUUGUUGUUUUGCUAACUAAAAUGUGCCCUAUUUAAGAAAUGCUCAUUUCUAGCUAAUUGCUAUUUAUUUUUGACUAAGCUGAUAUAAGCAAGACUGGAUUGUGUAUUUUUGUAAAUGCUUUAUUCAAAGGAUUUUGUAAUUGCCAUGUGAUCUUUA